AUGAGCAUUAUUAUCCCUCAAUAUGACUAUGAAGUCGUGACCGGUUGGUUCAUCCAGGAUGCUCCGGGUGACGUCGUAGAGUUACCGAAGAGCUUUGGUCUCAUCGACACCUCGGACGACGGAUGGACGAAGAUCAAGCAAUUUUUGUACAAAGUGAACAUCGAGGACAGAGAACCGGGCACGAUCCAUAAACUGUUCUUCUUAGGGAGACACGGUCAAGGAUGGCACAAUGUGGCCGAAACAAAGUACGGGACGGCGGAAUGGGAUAGACACUGGUCCAAGCUCAAUGGCGAUGGGGAGCUUCAAGCCGACGAGAUUAACGCUAUGUGGAUCGAGGAGACCAAACGAGGGAUCCCAACGCCCGACGUCCUCUAUAUGAGUCCCUUGCGUCGUGCGAUUCAUACGGGCGUGUUGUCUUUUGAUGGUUGGUUCUAUCCCAACAACACAGAUCCUGGCAUGGAAGCCUCCAAUGCAGUAGCCAGACUUGUGCUAGAGGCCGACUUUCCCUUUCUCCUCUUCGAAAACGGGUUUGUAGAGGUAGACCCAACAUGGACGGCGGACCAUCGAGAGACACCCGAUGAGCAGGACGUACGUUCGCGCCGGGCUCUUGACAAAAUGUUCACAGCCGAUGGCACCUACAUUUCUGUCUCCUCCCAUUCUGGGACCAUGGCGUCCAUCUUCAGGGUUAUUGGACAUCGUCCUUACGCAGUGAAUCCGGGAGGAGUGGUUCCAGUCCUUGUUCGCGCCAAGCAGAAGAAGAAGCCGAUAGUGUAG